ACUAUUCCGUUACACUCCACAGAUUCCACGUACGCUCCGAUCUUCGGCCAUUCUCGAUCGCCACUCCGAUUCUCGGCCAUUCUCGAUCACCGAUCCUCGGCUGCUACGAACGCGCAUAUAUUCUUCCGCCCCGAAGCUCCACCGCGUACGCCACCACAUACACAUAUAAAUAUCCACCUCGAUCGCUGA